AUGUGCUGUUCAAAUACAAGUAAAUCACUAUCCCGAUUGGGUAUAUUGUGGGGUAUGUGUGCGUUAGCAACAUUACUGACCGCAUUUGUUAGUAAUGUAUGGGUUUAUACAAAGGAACCAGUGAAACUUCCUAAUGCAGAUGUUACAACUUCAAUUAGUUUCCGGAUUGGUUUAUGGCGAGUUUGUCCGAGUGUGAAACGUGUUAAUUCCACCAUACAUGUGCCAUCUCCAGCUUGUUCCCUAAUUAAAUAUUCAGGCUGGGAAGAGAUUAAAUACUCUGAUUUAGGAGUAUGGACAUCUUUAGAAUUUACACCUUCGUUCAUUUCUAGAAUGCGUUUAAAAGUUAGUGAAGAUACGAAAUUUUCCGUUCAUCGACAAAAAGAAGAAAGUUAA